ACGAAUAAAAUACAAGAAAGAGAGAGAGAGAGAGAGAGAGAUGAUGAUGCGAUAAAUACAAAAAGCAGUCAGCUAAAAUCCCUUUUCCCUGUUCUUCCUGAGGACUCUUCUCUUCUCCUCCCUUUUCUCGGAGCAAAGAUUGCAAAGCACGCACAGUAAACGACAGCAGGGUCUGCUGCUGCUGCUGCUGCUUCCGAGUUCCUCUGCUCUGCUGUUUGGUGUUUCCUUGCGAAGCUUCUGCUUCUGUGUAUGGUUGAAACGACAGUAUUAGGAGGAAGGAACGAACGGACUUCUUGAUAAUGAUAUAGUCAAUCAUUCAUCAUUCAACGACAUUCCCACCAUUGUCGCGAGCAAGUUGACGUGCGUGUAGGUGGGUUGCCCUGAGAUUUGUGCUUUUGUAUCUUUGGAGGAUUCUGCGGUGUUAGUCGGUGGCAAUUGGAGUUUUCUCUGGUUAAAUGUUUCGGUGGUUCGAUUAAAUUGGGUUUCUUUACAGAUUUCUGAAGGAAUAUGGGGCGACGUUGUUGAUGGUGAAGUUGAAGUUGAAGUUUAAUUGUUGAAUCACCGGUGGAUUGAAGAUUAUUCGGGUUAUAUUGGCGGGUGUUAUACGUGCUGUUUAGGAGUGUGCUGAUAGGAUCUUCAUUGGGUUCUGCUGCUUUUUCUAAUUUCAGUUGUGGUCUUGUUGAGUUUUGCCAUCCUUAUACCUGCUAAGUAGUUUAAUCCUUAGGUUAUUGUGGUGGAGGUUUAUUGAUUCCUUUGGGGGUUAGAGAAAAUGUGUUCCAGUUCUUCGGAAGCUGUUGUCCAAAUGGGAAAGCUGGUGGUUCAUAUUGCUGAGAGUGGGCGGUCAUAUAAACUUGACUGUGAUGAAAGUACUCUUGUUGAGGCUGUGCAGAAGUUCCUGGAAUCAGAUUGUGGGAUACCAUUCCACGAUCAGCUUCUUUUGUGCUUGGACUUGAAAUUGGAGCCGCAGCGCCCCCUGUCAGCUUAUAAACUCCCAUCUAAUGAACGGGAAGUGUUUUUGUUCAAUAAAGCAAGGAUGCGAAAUAAUUCACCACAUCCUGCGCCGGAACAAGUUGCGAUUGUUGACAUUCCUGAUCUGCCAUUGCCAUCCUCAUCUAACUGUCCUCAUCCACUUGAUGAUGCUUCAGAUCCAGCAUUGAAAGCGUUACCUUCAUAUGAGAGACAAUUUAGGUUUCAUUUUCACUGUGGACAUGCUAUUUACAAUCGAACAUUAGCAAAAAUCGAGAUGUGUGAAAGGCUUUUUCAAGAGCAGAAGGUGCAAGAGAGAGCAUUAGAGAUUGCUAGGGGCAACUUAGAUCAUUUCUACAAGAUGAUUCACCAAAACUACACGGACUUUAUGAAAUGUUAUUUGCAGCAGCACCGGAGCCAUGCCAACCUUCUGCUGAACUUUGGGAGGGAUAAAGAGAAAUUGAGAUCUAUAAGAAUUCUGCCGUCCUUACAGACUGCCAAUCGCAAGUGCCUGCUGGAUUUUGUGAAGGAAGAGAACUUGCAGAAGACAUGGGAGGAUUGCGGCAUUUCACAUAGGCAGUUCGAAAACAAAGUUUCAGAAUUUAAACUGGAGUUUGCAGACCUGAAGCGCAAUACAGAACAAUUAUUUUCUGGCAAAGCUUCAUUUCUUAUCAAAGAUUUGGAGACAUCAAUAGAAGACCACCAACGAUUCAUCAAUGAGCUCAAGAGCAUAAUGCAGGCUUUAAGUAAAGAUGUAAAUACUGUGAAGAAGCUUGUGGAUGAUUGUCUUUCCGACCAGAUGUCAUCUUCGCUGCGUCCUCAUGAUGCUGUUUCUGCAUUGGGUCCUAUGUAUGAUAGCCAUGAGAAAGAUUAUCUCCCAAAGAUGCAGGCUUGUGAGAGUGCAAUUUCCGAUUUGCUCAACUUUUGCAUGGAAAAGAAGAACGAGAUGAAUAUGUUUGUGCACAAUUAUAUGCAAAAGAUUGCAUAUAUUCAGUAUUCCAUUAAAGACGUGCGGUAUAAGUUUUCUGUCAUCCAGGAGGCUUUGAAGCGUCAAAAUGAUCAGUUUGAGCAAUUAAAGGUGGUGCGUGGGAUUGGUCCGGCAUACAGAGCAUGCCUCGCAGAAGUAGUGAGAAGAAAAGCUGCAAUGAAAAUCUACUUGGGCAAGGCUGGACAAUUGGCUGAAAAACUUGCAACAGAGAGAGGUGCUGAAGUUAGGAGACGUGAGGAAUUCUUUAAAGAACAUGGUACUUAUAUUCCUCGGGAUAUUUUAACAUCCAUGGGAUUGUAUGACAUGCCAAACCCUUGUGAUGUCAAUAUAAUUCCUUUUGACUGUAAUCUGCUUGAUAUAGACAUUUCAGAUCUAGACCGUUAUGCUCCUGAAUCAUUGUUAGGUCUCUGUUCAAAGAGUGAGAAGCGUGGGACUUUGAGGAGUUCAUCACGCAUGUCUGAUGAUAGUUCAGAGGCAGCUGAAGUAGAAGCUGUGGACUUUCCCGGGAAGUAUGAUUUCCAUGACUUAGUUGAGGGGUCAGAGUUGGUGGAGAUUUCUGUUACUAGCAAGAUGGAAGUUGAGAAUGCAAAACUAAAAGCUGAACUUGCUUCUAAAAUUGCCUUAAUAUGUUCCAUGAGUGCUGAGUUUGAUUAUGGAUCACUUGAUGACAGGAAAUUAGAUAGUAUAGUGCAAAAUGUUGCCGAGAAGACUUCUGAAGCUUUACAUCUGAAAGAUGUGUAUGAAAAACACCUGCAAUCAAUGCUAAAGGAAAAGCAAAUGCAGUGUGAAUCUUAUGAGAAACGGAUUCAGGAGUUGGAGCUGAGGUUGUCAGAUCAGUAUGUGCAAGGAUGUAAACUUUCAGCUGAUCAGGAUGCAUCUAAUUUUGUGGCGUCAACCACAAAGAAUCAUGAUAACAAGUCAGAAGUGUCGGAAGUUGGAGAAAUUCCCAUGCACCAUGCAAUGGAUGUGGUCUCAUGUGCAUCUAGCUCAAAAUCUGGGAUUCUCCCAGAACAUGUUAAAGGACAAGAAGGAUUGGAUGACAAUAUGACAGAUUCCUCUGGUAUGCUAAACCCUCAGCUGGAUUCGUCGAUGCUGGAUCUAAACCGUGAUAAAGGACAUCUUUCUGGUAAAGAAAAGAAGCAAAUACUAUUGUGUGAUGGGAGCACUGCACUUGCUACGAGUAAUAUGGCUGUUAGUGUGUCGCAGAAACCAGAUGUUCUAUCCUGUGAAACAGCUGUUUUACCAGGUUUGGAUGCCAAAGUAAGUGAUAACCUGGUGCUGGAAUUGCAACAGGCACUAGCAGAGAAAUCAAGUCAAUUAGACAACGCAAAAGCCAAGAUCCAGGCAUUAAUUGAUGAGGUUUAUGAGCUCGGAAGCGAGUUGGAGAUCAAUCGGAAGCUACUUGAUGAAUCUCAGAUGAACUGUGCUCAUUUAGAAAAUUUUCUGCAUGAGGCAAGAGAGGAAGCACAAACACAUCUUUGUGCAGCUGAUCGCAGGGCCUCUGAAUAUAGCGCACUGCGUGCCUCGACUGUCAAAAUGCAUGGUCUUUUUGAGAGGCUGAGAAGCUGUGUUUCAUCAUCAGGGGUGGCUGCUUUUUCCGACUCGUUACAUGCUUUAGCUAGUUCUGCCAAUGAAAACGAUGAUGAUAGUACUGCUGAAUUCUGUGAAUUUGUUCGGAUUCUUGCCGAUAAAGUUGCCAUUUUGUCACGGCAGCGAGCAGAAUUGCUUGACCGGUAUUCCAAAGCUGAAGCUACAAGCGAGCAGCUUAAAAAGGAGUUAGAAGAGAAGAAAGAGUUGGUGAACACUCUUUACUUGAAGCAUCAAUUGGAAAAACAGGCGAAUAAAGAGAAGAUUUCAUAUGGUCGUUUAGAAGUCCACGAGAUUGCUGCAUUUGUCCUCAACUCUUCCGGGCACUACGAGGCUAUCAACCGAAACUGCCCAUAUUAUUAUCUCUCUGCUGAAUCUGUGGCGUUAUUUGCCGACCACCUCCACACUCGUCCGAGCUACAUUGUAGGACAGGUUGUCCAUAUCGAACAUCAGAUAGUGAAAUCUUCUCUGUCAACUUCAGACCAAGACCAUGUAGAUAUACUGACCUCCGAAACCGGAACCAGCCAGCUGACCUUGAACCCGGGAUCGACUUCAAAUCCAUACGGUCUACCCAUUGGGCGUGAAUAUUUUGUCGUGACGGUAGCGAUGUUACCUGAUACAACUGUUCACUCGCCUCCUUCCUGAUCUUAUUGCAAAUGGCAGAUAGAUGUGAUGGAAGACACCAAAGUGUGAAUAUGACUUAAAACUGAAUGCUUUUUAGUGAGACUGUGACUUGGUUCCUUUUUCUUUCUGUACAGUUUAGAAAUCAAUUCAAUCCAUCUCUUCUGUAAAUAAAGAUGGCUGAUUUCUCAUGUAUAUUUGUCUAUGUUUAUGUUUCACCAGAGCCCCAAUGAUUGUCAUAAGGCAAAAUCUUGAUGGGAUGGUGGAGUUUUGGUGAUUUUAUUCCAGUUCUUGGACAACUUUUUCUUGAAAGCUUUCAAUUUCCUUUCU